AUGGGGAUUCCGGGGCUGAUCCAUGCCAUCGGCGCUGGUGAACGUAUUUCCUUGUCAAGAUUGGCCAUAACCCAUUUGGAGCGCACAGCUAGGCCUAUUCGUAUUGCCGUGGACAUCUCGAUAUGGCUGUUCCAAGUGCAAGCUGGCCGCGGUGGUCGGAACCCCGAGCUACGAACGUUGUUUUACAGACUAUUGAAGAUUUUGGCGCUUCCAAUCCAUCCUCUUUUUGUAUAUGAUGGCAAGAACAAGCCGCCUUUCAAGAGAGGCAAAGCCGUGUCAAGUCGCAGUUACGGAAGUGCACCAAUCAUUCGGCUCUCUAAGAUCUUAGUCGAUCUGUUCAAAUUUCCGCGUCACGAGGCGCCAGGAGAGGCAGAAGCAGAGUGUGCAAGACUGCAAAGAGCAGGAGUUGUUGAUGCAGUCAUGACUAAUGACGUUGACGCUCUUAUGUUUGGCUCAACAUUUACCGUCAUGGGCUUUUCCAAAGAAAGUGGCAGCAGCACCGGGGCUGCAACACAUGUUACCUGCUAUCGCAUGAACACCGCUGGUGAUCCUUCGAGUGUGAAGCUUGAUCGUGCAGGCAUGAUCUUGUUUGCCAUGUUGAGUGGGGGUGAUUACUUGCCAUCGGGAGUCCCUAAAUGCGGUAGCAAGCUCGCUGGCGAGAUUGCCAAAGCUGGCUUUGGCGCAGAUCUUCUGGAAAUCCUUGAGUCAGAUGGCGCCGAGCUCGAUGCCAGAUUAAGUGAUUGGAGAGAACGACUCCAGUAUGAGUUGGAAGAAAACGAAAGUGGUUACUUCCAGACCAAGCACAAGGUUGUCCGAAUUCCCGACACUUUUCCUGAUCGGACGAUUCUGUCAUAUUAUGCGAAUCCUGUGGUUUCUUCGACGAGCGAAAUCAGAGCCCUUCAGCACAACCUCUCAAAUGCUUGGGACAAGGACAUAGACGUUGUCGAACUGAGGAGAUUUGCUGCCGACGCCUUUGAGUGGAAUUACCGCUCUGGGGCUAGAAAAGUGACCAGAUUACUUUCUGAGCCGCUUCUGUCCUACCGACUACGCCUUGGAAGACAAGCAUCAGCAUUUCCCGCGAAUUUCCCUACGUUGUCGAACAGCAACACCCCGAUGCUGCAAAAGAUAUAUAAAAGCAGAUCUAGCUAUAGUACCGACGGCUUGACGGAAUUCCAGCUAGAUAUGAUCCCUGUCGACAUUGUUGGCUUGGACAUUCUUGCGGAUGAGCCAAAUCCUCCACUUCCUUCUCAAGAGUCGACGGUCUCAGGGGACGAGGAAGAGGAGCUGGAGGAUAAUGUGGUAUCGGUGCCUCAAUCCCCGGUAAAGAAACGUGUCGUAAAGCGCUAUGAUCCUUAUGCCUCUGAAAAGGUGUGGGUCUUCGAAACCCUAGCCACGAUAGGUCUCCCAGAAGUCGUGAAGAACUGGGAACGAGAGCAAGCUGAGAAGUCGGCACCGAAGAAAACAGCGACGCGAAAGACAGGGCCUAGGAAAAAAGGGCCCAUAGACCCGAACAUGAAGCGAGGUAGCAUCUUGAAAUAUGGUACCCUCACGAAGGAGCGAACCGAAAUAUCCCGCCACAAAAGUGCGCAGCUCUUAGAGGCAGCAGUCUCGGCCAAAGCAACUGCUGUACCCAGCCUGUCGAGUUCCCCAGCAGCCAUUGACUGA